UCUAGUUUCACCUCAGUCAUCCUCUGCUGCUCAAAAAUGGCACUAGUGGACACGGAACGGGGAAUAUCAAACGGCGCCGAGAGUGGGUCCCCAUUUUCUGAGAUUAUUGAACUCAAUGUUGGCGGACAGGUGUAUGUCACAAGGCACUCAACUUUAGUCGCCGUCCCAGACUCGCUUCUCUGGACAAUGUUCAGCAAAAAGACCCCCAAAGAGCUCGCCAGGGACAGCAAAGGGCGUUAUUUUUUGGACAGGGAUGGGUUCUUGUUCCGUUACAUUCUAGAUUACCUACGGGAUCUCAAUCUGGUUCUGCCAGAUUAUUUCCCCGAGAAAAGCCGACUGCAAAGAGAAGCUGAGUUUUUCCAGUUGAAGGAUCUUUCUAAGCGCCUAAGCCCCAAAAUGAGUAAGGAGGACUCCCUCAGCGAGGAGAUCUGUCAAAGUGACACGGAGGAGGGGACUCUUCAGUGCAGCGUUGGCUCAUCCAGUGUUGGCAUGGAGACUUUAAGGAUGAUGUCCGCAGUGAGUAGCAGUGCCCGCUCUCCAUCUCUGGAGUCCCGAAAGUCUGGCUACAUCACUAUUGGAUACCGAGGGUCGUACACUAUCGGGAGAGAUAUCCAAACCGACGCCAAAUUUAGGAGAGUUGCGCGCAUCACCGUGUGUGGAAAGACAUCCUUAGCCAAAGAAGUGUUCGGUGACACACUCAAUGAGAGCAGGGACCCAGACCGACCACCAGAGAGAUACACUUCACGGUACUAUCUGAAGUUUAAUUUUCUUGAGCAAGCUUUCGACAGGCUGAACGAGGUAGGCUUCCACAUGGUGGCUUGUAGCUCCACCGGCACCUGCGCCUACACCAGCAAUGACCCAAAUGAGGAUAAAAUCUGGACCAGUUACACCGAAUACGUGUUCUGUCGGGACUGACUGUGCAAUCUGCGCACAGCAACUUCCGAAGACAACGUUGUCCUUGUACCGGUGUCGACAGAACUAACAUAAACAUUUUGGCCUUCUGCACAUAGAGAGGAGAGUUUGUCUUUAUUGACUCCCUUUUUCAUUCUGGUUUGUCUAUCUUGAGAAUAAACAUUUGUCACAUGAAAUGACAACAAAUAUUGUAGUUUUUAGAGGCAUAAUAGCCUACUAAGAUAAUGCAGUGUUGCGACAAAUAUUAUUUGAUCGAUCCUGGUGACACAAUACUAAACUAUGUGCGCCACUAUGAAUAGUUGGGUAGGCUAACUAGUUUUGGGUGUCAAGAACGCCACUUGCAUAGUUCUCUAAAUACAUCCCUCCUUAUGUUGAUUAUGCAACAGAUCAUCAUGAAUGUUGAAGAAGAAAAUUACAGGUAAAUGUGUAUCUUUACUUAUGAAUUUAAACAUCUGUAUUUUCAAUGAUAUAUAAAUAUAUUCAAAAAAUGAAUUUAGACCUACACCUUUCUCUGGAGGACUGACAAAUAGUAACAGUUAGUGUUGAAAUUGAGUUGCAUGGGUGAGAAUACAUUGCGUGAGAAAGAAAACAAUUUUAGUAUUUCUCUCAUCACUGCCUUUACUUGCAUGACAAUGUUGCAGCCAUACUCCUCUUUGUGCAAUGUGAAGUAAAUAUUAAGACAGCAGUUUAUCAAUAUCAUGCCAUGUUUUUACAGAAUAUUACUUGAUUUAUUUGAAAAGUAUUAACAUUCUUUGUUUAGACUUUUAACGUAUUUGAAAUUAGUCUGGUUGUAAGUUGUGCAUUUUAUUGGUUAUGUUGUCUUUAAGCAGGUAUUUAAAAUAAAGUCUUCUAUCUUCAA